AGACUAAAAUAAGCCAUAAGCAUAAGCGGUUACAACGAUGACUUUAUUUUUCUACCGUAACAUGCAGUGUGCCUAGCCGCUGCGCCAAAGCAUCUCUGCUUCUGAUGAGCAGGAAAUACACCUUCUGCGUUUCAGGAAACAGUCACAUAAAGGCUGAUGAGAGUUACCAGGCAUCCUUUGUUUUCGUGUCCUUCACCUGAACUUUGUUGUUGGUUGAAAUGGUACUGUUAGCAGGGUACUAGUGGGAGGUAGAGAUCUGAUUUUUGCCCCUGUUCAUACAAGGCACUGUGCCAAUUGUGGGAGUAUAUACUACAUCCAUCUUCCUGUCAGUUGCCAAAGAAGUAUGGCUGUUCAACCCCCACAGGAGACUGUAAAGCUUGACAAUGUCCAUGCCAAGACCAGAGCAACACAUUUCAAAGAAAAGGUUAUAAAAAGAUGGGAGAAAGAUGUUCUUCAUCUGUGACCAUCCAGCUGACUGUAUACUGUAGAACGUGGUGUUGGAUCACUUCAAAUAAAACCUGAAGAAUGUUUUAUAAAGAAGGACAUUCCUCUUCAGCAGAUGGCUCUGUGAUAGACCACUGCAUCCACAGUCCCAGUAACUACUGCUAGAGAGGAUCUCAUCUUGAGCACCUUAAAGGCACAAUAAACUACUAUUACAGUAGUUUUCUUGAAUAGAAAAUACACAAGGAACCAAAACAAAAGAGUAGAAUAAAAAUGGAGAAAGCGUUGAACAGAAAGCAAGCAGUGGAAGCCCGUGCAAGCAGAACUGCAAGUUUCUUUAAAUCUGUUGAACAUGAGAAGGAUUUUCAGUCAAAACUACCUGUACGUCAACAAAAUCAAAUAGAACAGAGUCUUGUAAUACCUGCAACAUCUGAAGAGAACACUGAUUUGUUGGUUUUAUUGCCUCUGCAGCAACAGGCUGACAAAAGAGAGGAACAACUGAUUUGUACCUAUUGUGGAAUGUGUUUUACUGGCUUGCCAGAGUUCUUGGAACACGAACAUAUUAGCAACAGACCUUUUAAAACUUCCAAGAGUACAUCAGUGUCCGGGCAGUAUGAGAGGAUUGCCACACAGACAUCCGAUCCUUCAGUCCAAAAGUUGCUUGUCACAAGAAAAAAAAUCUAUAAUUGCAUUGUUUGUGGAGAUACCUUUAGAGGUCUGUCACAUCUGCUACUACAUCAGAAAGUUCAUAAAGGGCACAAGUUGUUUAGUCCAAGGGAUUGUAAAAAGGUGCUACCUGAACAGUCCCGUUUUUCUUACAGUCAGUGUUGCCCAAUACCAGAGGAUAUCUUUACCUGUACUCUUUGUGGUUUGACUUUCAAUUAUCAGUCAAGCCUUACUAGGCAUUAUGGAAUACAUCUGAGGCAGAAAGGACCUGAAAAUUCUGAUUCUGAAAAAAAUCAUGCCAGCUGCCAGCAAAAGCAGAGUGGAAAGACAAGUUUCAUAUGCACGACUUGUGGGAAGAGUCUAUCAAGUCGAGCAUCUUUUACUAGUCAUAAACAAAUUCACAUCCGAAACAGGUUUUUCAGAUGUCCUGACUGUGGGAAACAUUUCACAACCCGAUCAACUGUUAAAAGACACCGUCGAAUUCAUACAGGAGAGAGGCCAUAUAUAUGCAAAGAAUGUGGGAAGUGUUUUAAUCAGACAUCCAGUCUGAAAACUCACCAGAAACGUCAUGCUGUGAAGAGAGCAGUUGGCUCUACCGAGCAUGUUUUUUAGCAUUAACUAGGAGAUCAAAAAUAAGAUUGAUGGAAAAAGAUUUUUCAUGUAGAAAAUCAAAAUUAGGUGUUUUUGAAGAAGGCCCACAUGCAAAGCGGUCUACAAAGUACUUUUAACUUCUAAAUGCAUUUAGUGUUUUAUUAACUCCUGUAAUUAUGAAAAAACAAGGCAGUUUUUGACUCCUCUCUUCACAACUGUAUUUCAUGUAAAAGCAUAGUAAAACUUAAAUGUUUAUUAUUGUUAUUAUUGCUGUAACUGUAGUCACUAUGUGGCCCUAUUAAAUAAAAUAGAAGAAAGAUAUACCUUUA